AGCAUUGCCGAUUGCUUAUACCAACAGUUACAAUGGCUUCCGUAUUUCGCAUGGCCAUUUUGGAAACCGACAAGACUCCCAGCUCCAUUUCAGAUACCCAAGGCUCAUACGGGGACAUUGUGGAGAGACUUUUGCGCCGUGGUUUCGAGCAAGCUGAGGGACCUGUUCCGGAGCUUCAGGUUACAAAAUGGGAUGUUGUACGGGCGCAGUCUUAUCCUCAGCUGAAUGAGAUUGAUGGGCUAUUCUUGACUGCAGGAAAAUACGCCGCCUAUGAUGAUUAUCCAUGGGCGUUUAAGCUCAUGGACUUUCUCAAGGAAUCGUAUAAAAAAUGCAUUCCCAUCUUGGCCAUUUGUUACGGGCAUCAGAUUCUUGCAAGGUCUUUGGGCGGCAGAGUCAUCAAGAAUCCAAAAGGCUGCGAAUUAUCUGUUACCAAAGUCGACCUCACACCAUCCGGCAUCGAUCUGUUUGGGACCGACCAUUUGAAUCUUCAUCAAAUGCACCUGGACACUGUCGUGGGUAUUCCGCCUGGGAUGGAAAUUAUCGGCUCCAGUGCGAUAUCAGAAGUUCAGUUUAUCUACGAGCCAGGGAGAGUACUGGGCGUUCAAGGUCAUCCUGAGGCAAAUGGUUUCAUCAUCAAGAAGUAUCUGGAAUCCCGUUUCGAGAAAGGCUUGAUUGAGGCUCGGCAGUAUGAAGAGGCGUUGUCAAAGAUUGAUACCAAGCAUGAUGGAGAUGUAUUUGCCAAGGCAGUACCUAAAUUCUUAUUUGACAAGCGUUCUUAGCAUUUAGUGUUCAAUAGCCAACCUGGUAUGAACAAUAGAUCAAAGUUAAAUAAUAAGAUAUUUAGCCUUUAGA